AUGGUAAAAAGAGAAACUAAAAAAUCAAAUCAACCUUUUGUAGCCCAAACAUUGGAUGAAAAAGAAACUCACAUUCUUAACAACUAUUGUGGAACACCAUCAGGAAUAGAGGAACACAAACAUUGCGUCCUAUCACUAGAAUCAAUGAUGGAUUUUGUCAUUUCAAAGCCUGGAAAGAAUAUCAAAGUGAUGUCAAGUUCCUUUUCUCAAGGUCAAGACAAAUAUGUAGUUCAGGAAGUAAAGAAAAUUGGAGACAAAGCAGUGAUGUGUCAUAGAUUGAAUUUUGAAAAAGUUGUAUUUUAUUGUCGCGUAGUCAAUGCCACAACAACUUACAUGGUCCCAAUGAUGGCCUCCGAUGGAACUAUAUCAAAAGCACUAAUAAUUUGCCACCAUGACACUAGAGGUAUGAAUCCUAAUGUGUUAAAUGAAGUUCUCAAUGUUAAGCCAGAAAAUAUAUUUGUUUGCCAUUUUAUUGGCAAUAUGGUUGUUGCCUAUGGUUGA